UAAUAUCAUAUAUAUGAGCUUUAGGUGGAUGAAAUUUUUUUUAUAGAAUGAAACGCUCAAAACCAACGCAAAAAGCCUUGUUAAUGCAGGUUAUUCGAGAGCAGGACGGGAUGUUCAAAUGCAUCGCCGAGAGCAAGUGCUCAUACGGGCAAUCGAUUAUGAAUCCUGGUAAUUUUAAAAGACAUGUUGAGGCUCUUCAUCCGAUCGUCUUUGAUAGACUAGGAUUGUCUUCUCGUCGAGUUGAUGGCACCGACUCAGCACAAGUAAAAAAGAAAUAUAAGAAACUCAUUGUGGACUCAAACAAAAAGAACCUAGUUUGUGGAACUCUUUUACUUUUAACUGAAAGUAACUUACCGUAUAGCUUUUUUGAAAGUUCUGCAUGUAAAAUUUUACUGGGACCGCUUUACGAGGCUGCCAGUAUGACCCUGAACAGAAAGGCUAUUUCAGAUCUCAUUGACAAAAGCUCGAUACUGGCUAGAAAUUUUAUUAAAAACGAAAUGUCUCAAAAACUCAUAAGUUUGAAAAUAGAUAGUGCUACGCGAGGUAAUCGUCAGGUGUUAGGCAUAAAUGCUCAAUAUUAUCAUAACAAUAAAGUUGUUGUUCGAAAUCUUGCAAUUCAAGAGAUGCAUAGCCGCCAGACAAAAGAAAAUUUAAAAGAUGUUAUAAUGAAUACUCUGGCCGAAUAUAGUGUAGAUAUGAAACAGGUGUACUCCAUUGCUCACGAUAAUGGCAGUAAUAUGGUGGCGACUGUUAAAGUAUUGAAGGAAAUGCUGGAAAAAUCUAGCUUGGAAAACCCCUCAAUCAACUUGCUAGUAGCUAAUGAAGAAGUGCGUUACAUUUUCGAGCUACCUGAUGAGAUGCAAAAUGCUGAAAGUUUCGAGAGCAUUGAGAUAGACAAUUGUAGCACAACAUCAGAUGAUACUGUACAAUGUGACGAUUUCAGUGAAGAUAAGCAGGAGGAAACAAAAUUCAUUUUAUCAAACAUUGACGAUGGUGAAUGCUGGCGAAUGGAAGAAAUUCUCGACAGUACACGAUGCGCCGCUCAUACAGCACAAUUAGCUGUGUGGGAUGUUGUAAAACCCUAUCAAGAACGAAUCACAAAAAUACAAAAGAUUGUAGUCAAAUUGCGGCAUCGCGAGUACCAAAAAAUAUUUAAAAUCCACAAUGCUCAUCUGCCUCCUAUUGCUAACGAUACUAGAUGGAAUAGCAAAUAUCUGAUGUUGUCAUCUCUUCUCAAUCAACGUCAGUUUUUCAAUUUGCUGAAAACUGUUUUUCCGGAGCCAGAUCUUACAUCACAUUGGCCAUUUAUUGAGAAAUUCCGCGACGCAUUCGAACCAGCAUUCGUUCUUACGCUGAAGCUGCAGAAAAUUCAUUGUCCGCUAUCAGAUUUUUACAUAUACUGGCUUCAGUGCCAAGCGCAACUGGAUAAAAUGAAAUCAAAUUUGCAUCAUCGUCUCAACGAAAUUGAAGGUGUGGAUGUUCAAGUUAAUCAAUCCACAUCAACAAGUGAGCCGCAAGAUGAACUAGACAAAUACCUGUCAUCAUAUUUCGAAGAAGAAGACAUUCCGACGGGAAUAUCACAUUCGAUAAACGAAUCUGUGGUAUCUCAGAUAAAGGAUUUAGAAAUACGCGAGAAAGUACCAAUAACAAUACAGCAUUCAGAUAACACUUGCUCAGAUGUUCGAUUCGACAUUCUGAAGUAUUGGGAGUCACACAAAAUUAUCUCUCCAAUUCUUCACCGUUUGGCAAUGGUAGUUUUGGUUGCUCCUUCAACUCAGGUUUCCGUUGAACGUGCCUUUAGUGGACUUAAACUGAUUCUCACCGAUCAUCGAAUGCGUUUAUGUGAAAAAUCAGUGGAAAAUUUACUUGUUUUGAAACUAAAUUCUGACUUACUGGAACAGAUAUCUGAAAUAUUGAGCGACGAAGAAGCCAAUUAUGUGACAGAAUUGCUUAAAUGUCAAUCUGUGUAA